GGCGGAGUGGCGAGAGGCGAGAGGCGGCGGAGGCGGCGGAGGCGGCGGAGCUGGGGGGGGUGGGAGGGGGGGGAGAGUGAGUGAGUGGCAGAGUGAGUUUACCCCUAUGAGACUGUGAGAGGCCCGGGGCCUACCUCAAAGGAGCGGGGUCACGACGCUAGCUAGCAGCGGGCCCCCUCCCGGUCCCCGGGCCCGGCGGCGCGGCGGCGGCUCGGUUGUGAGGAGGCGGGGAAGCGGGUGUCCGGGCCCCGCCAUGGAGGGCAUGGACGUGGACCUGGACCCGGAGCUGAUGCAGAAGUUCAGCUGCCUGGGCACUACCGACAAGGACGUGCUCAUCUCCGAGUUCCAGAGGCUGCUCGGCUUCCAGCUCAAUCCUGCCGGUUGCGCCUUCUUCCUGGACAUGACCAACUGGAACCUCCAAGCAGCAAUUGGCGCCUAUUAUGACUUUGAGAGCCCAAACAUCAGUGUGCCCUCUAUGUCCUUUGUUGAAGAUGUCACCAUAGGAGAAGGGGAGUCAAUACCUCCUGACACUCAGUUUGUAAAAACAUGGCGGAUCCAAAAUUCUGGGGCAGAGGCCUGGCCUCCAGGGGUUUGUCUUAAAUAUGUCGGGGGAGACCAAUUUGGACAUGUGAACAUGGUGAUGGUGAGAUCGCUAGAGCCCCAAGAGAUUGCAGAUGUCAGCGUCCAGAUGUGCAGCCCCAGCAGAGCAGGAAUGUAUCAGGGACAGUGGCGGAUGUGCACUGCUACAGGACUCUACUAUGGAGAUGUCAUCUGGGUGAUUCUCAGUGUGGAGGUGGGUGGACUUUUAGGAGUAACGCAGCAGCUGUCAUCUUUUGAAACGGAGUUCAACACACAGCCGCAUCGUAAGGUAGAAGGAAACUUCAACCCUUUUGCCUCUCCCCAAAAGAACCGACAAUCAGAUGAAAACAACUUAAAAGACCCUGGGGGCUCCGAGUUCGACUCGAUCAGCAAAAACACUUGGGCUCCUGCUCCUGACACAUGGGCUCCUGCUCCUGACCAAACUGAGCAAGACCAGAAUAGACUGUCACAGAACUCUGUAAAUCUGUCUCCCAGCAGUCACGCAAACAACUUAUCAGUAGUGACUUACAGUAAGGGGCUCCAUGGGCCUUACCCCUUCGGCCAGUCUUAAACGGGUGUCAGCAAGAAGAAAAAUUAACAAAAGACAGAAGGCCUGACUUUGGGGGGUUAGGGCAAGGGGUUCCUCUGGAUUGCAGACCACAUCGCACAGACCCCUGGCUCUGACCCCCUCUCAUCCCGGAAGAAGAGGAAGAAGCAGAACAGACUAGUUUUGAGUAAACUCAGUAUGCAUGUGUGAAUGCUGAAUCACAGGAAUGGUGUUGAGGCUACUAAGAAGAAAUCCAUGCAGCCACUUUGGGUUUUGUUAUAGGCAUCAGUCUAACAAGUCAUUAGGUCACUCGGGAAGGGGGAAAAAGUUUAAAAUGGGGGAAAAAAGCCAUCUUUUUAAACAAAAAUUAUUUUGCCUACAGAGAGGUUGUAGUUUUGAGCACAUGUUAAUUUUUUUCCCUCUUUCCCCACUUUUCUUUUUUUAAAUAAGGGAUAACAUAUUCUUUAUAGAAUAGUGCUUGCUCUGGAAGAGAUUCAGGUGAAAAGUUGGCGUGGCAUGUUUGAGGACUCUGCGGAUCAGUGCUACAGGAGUACAUCUGCCGUGCCACAUGACUCCAGAAGUCUCUGACCCUAUUUGUUUUUAAUGGCAUCAGCCAAUGAGUUAUCACCCUUUUCCUCCUCUUUCCUCUUAAUCUUCUGUUGAUUUACACCUUUGACAUUUGUAUUCAUCAACCCUGUGGCUUGUUAGCAUCAGAACCUCUCUGAAGACCAAACUUCCCUGUGUGGCCAGGAGAGGAAGCCUUGAGGAUAGAUCUCGGGUGACGUGGGAUUUUCUAAGCCCGAGAGGUGUCCUUCUGCACACCCUUGUAACAAUUCAGAUUGCUUUUCUUCCAUGUUUCUCUUGGCAGAGAGAAAUGCCAUCAUGCUUACUGCUCUUUUGGAUUCUUCAUGCAGUAGCUUCCCAUUUGCUCUGGGAACAGUGCCUCUGUGCUGGUUAUACGUAUGCACCACGUGUGCACGCACGGGUGUUGGUGCAACUCGCCAGCAGGUGUGCAGCAGGCAAGCUUGAAGGUGGCCCAUGCUUCUCUGUUGUCACACAACUCCUUUCCCUGUUUCCCUUCAGUUGUCCUCUGUGAUAUUUUCACAACCUGUUAGUGGAGGCUGAGCUGUAGAGUUUGGAAAAUACAGCCCCGAAAGGGGAAUUUGUCGUGGGGAAGGGCCAGCCACUGACUACUUGAUCUUGGAGACCACAUUUAGAUGGAAAUGAGAGGACCUCCACAGCCCUGCCUCCCUGCCAGGAUGCUAGGUUCUUGGCUGGGAGGUGGGCAAGUGGCAGCCCAGCUGAAGCAAGAGGCUGAUUGGCUGGCUGCUCACUCAGGCAGGUGGCCCCCUGGCAUCCUGUGGAUUCUGAGCAGGUUGAGAUGUGGAUAUCUCCAUGGGAAGCUUGAACCAGGCUAGAACAGCUGUCUGCCAAAGAUACAAGAAUAUGCAAAGUCCCUCUUCUCUUCUCACCCCCCUCCUUCCCUCAAGUCUUAGUUGGUUUGAGAGCCAGGGAUAUGGAUCCAGGGUGCUGUUGCAGGGUCACCUGCCUGUUACCACACCCCCAUCCAGCUGGGUGGUAGGUGAAGGUAUGAGACAGGCAGGGAGACCAGGUGAUGAGUGGCUGCAAGGAGUCAUAUAGCCUGGGUGUGGGUGAGGGUCUGCCUGCCUGUUUCUGUCUGGGUGUCUGAGUUCCAAAAAAAAUGUGUGUUGUUUGUUCCUCCUCAUCCUCUUCUGAGACUGUUGUUUUUUUAAAGCUUGAUUGUGGGAGAAAAGCUUGUGUGAAAUUCCCUCUUCACUUCCCCACCCCCACCCCCCUCCCAAAUAAAAGGGGGCAUAAACUUUAUUCCACUGGAGAAGCCCAGGGCGUGGGUGGAGCCAGCCUGCUGAGAAGCGUGGUGCAGCUGGGUCUGGGACUUGACUAGAGCUUACUCUGGAGCACCUACUUCCUGUGUGCAUGGGAGUGUUCCAUUCCCUAGCAGAGCAGAGGGAAGUCUCUGCCAGGUGCCCGCGCCACAGGCCUCAGGAUGGCUUUUUGUCUGAGGGCCUCAUUAGGCCUAGACUGCUGCUGCUGGUACCAGUCUCCUGAGACACUGCCUCCCUGGACCCCAUGCAUGCCCAGCUGUUCUUACUGCUUAGAAGCCUUGAAGCAGCACAUCUCCACUGUCCCUGGCAGGAUUGUGGGAGGCUUCACAACCCCUGCUUUCCUGACUUCCUCAUCUGCCCAACACUGGGUGCCCCUUCCCAGUUUCCCAGCAGGGGCUUCAUGGGCCACCAUCAAUGGGUCUGGGUCUGCCAGAGUCGUCUUGCUCUUCCUCUUGCUUCUAGGCAACCACACUUGGCAAGUUAAACGUCCCAAGCACCUUGUCUCCCUUCCCAAGAACAAACCAUUUAUGUGCACAUCCUUGGAGGUGAGGUGAGCUGAGCUCCUUGCAGAGGGCCAGAGUAAGUGCAAGUCAUGGAGUGCAGGCAGAGGGGUCCAUGGCUUCCCCAGCCCAGGGAGGGUAUCAGUAUCUUUCAUUCUCUCUCUUCUCACUGGUAUGGGUUCAGAGCAAUGCCUAGAGCCCCUCUCUGCUCCCCUGCCUAGUGCGGUGGUAGUGGCUACCUCUCAGCCCCAAUAGUCCCUGCUCCUCUUAGAAUCUUCACCAAGUGGCAGGCCACCUCUGGGCGGGACCACCUGCGUGUGGCACCCAGGAGGUGAGGCAGACACCAUGGUUAGGUGUCUGAACCCAGUUGGGGAGACAGAGGGGUUCAGACUUGGGAAGAAUCUGUCAGUGUGCAUGGAGUGAGGUGUGUGUGUGUGGAUGGAUGUGCACGUGUGCAUGCCUUUUUUCUUUUUGCCAUGAGGACAGUUGAAUUUGGGGCGUUUUUCUACAAGAAACAGUCAGCCUUCUCUCCCCCAUAAGGACUGGCUGUAACCUUAAGCCCAUCAAAGUUACUUCCAGCCUGGAGAGAACCUCACCAAACAGCUGGUGUGGCCUGAGGGUGGUCAUGGUGGGAAAUGGGCAUGAGAAUAAAUACCUCCCCAAAUUCAAUCUGAGCCCAGCAGGAGAGGAUGGUAGGGUUGCCAGGGCUCAGAAGUGCAAGCUGAUUCCCCACCCCACCCCGCCUCACCGUACUUUUCCUUUGUUUCCUUGGGUGAAUGCAGGAGCAGCAGUGGCUGCCCUUCCCACCUGGACAGUGGUGUGUGUAGAAAGCCAGCUGGAUGUUUGUGGUGGGGCCUCAUGGUGCCUAGGAGGAGAUAAAGAUGAGGAGGUUUUUCCUUAUUGUAUAAAUGAAUAUUUGUAUGAUUAAAUUAACACACACACCAAAAAAAAAAA